UAUUUUCGUUCUAGUAUAACAAUUAGUACUUAGAAUUUACAGUAACAAUAGUUCAAAAACAUUCUACAAGCGACUUCUUAUUUUUUGGUGAUUCAUUAGUUUUAUACAUUGCAAAAAUUUUUUAAGACGAUAUGCAAAUACAAUAAAGAAUGAGCUGGUUUGAUGCCACUGGAUUUGCCAAUUUGGCCAAAUCUGCUUUAAAAGAAGCUCAGAAGACAAUCGAUAAGGCACUCGAUAUUAAAGAUGAGGAUCAAAAACCAGUGGGAAGCCAUGUAGAGGAUACAUCAGACUUUUUUGCAUCAUGGGGAAUAAAGAGUGAUGUUCAUCAAAAUGUACAACCACAUGAUAAGCCCAAAACACCUAAACAAGAAGCCACAAGCAGUAUAUGGGGUAGUUUUACUGGGUCAUUCUUUGAAUCACCUAAAUUUAAUGAGCCAGGACACAGUACUAAACCAAUUAUGCAGUCUAAAUCCUUACAAAAUACACCCACUGAAAGUAACAAAAAGCUUGUAUCUUCAUCAUCAUUCUCAGAAGAUUACAAAAGUAAAUCUUUAAGUCCUAAGAAAAAGUCUGGACAAGCAGAAAAUUACAAAGAAAAAGAAAUUCAUGAUCAGGAUCAAACUGUUUCUAGUGAAGAUGUUUCUAGUACAUCUGAUGACUUAAAGCAACUUCCUUUAUCUGAAACAACUGAUAUAAGUGUAACUCUUGACAAGGAUGACAACAUUAAUAAUUGUCCUAAAAUAAUUGAAUAUCCUUCAGAGGAAAAAAAAGAUACUGAUAUUAAAGAGGAAGAAGAAAAGUCAGAAUUUGAAAAAAAAGAACCUUGUGAGCAUGAUUUAGAUUCACCUGUUUCUACAUCAAACAGAUUAUCUUUUGUAUCUCCAGAAAAUGACAAAAAAAGUUCAGAGAGCAUUGAAAUUCUGGGUUCCCGAUCUAACACUGAUUGUACCACGACUCCAGAAUUGGAUGGCAGUCCGUCUACCAAGGGUACCAAAGUUAAUUCUGAGUCGAUAGAAGUAUUACCAGACAGUAUGGUUACAUCUCCAAGCUCUGGAGUGGAAGUAUUAGAAGAUUGGAAAAGUGAUACCAGUCCCUAUUUAUCUCCCAUAGAGCAAAGACACUCUGAUUCAUCAUCUAUUUUAGAUAGAGACGAUACAGUGACUCCUUGCUGGGAUGAUAUCAAUGUCCCCCAAAUUAUGAAUAAAGAAAAUGAAAUAAAUCCAUCAUUUUCUAAUAUUUCUUCAUACGAACCUCCAAUGGAUGAAAUCAAGACAUCACAUGAAAAUUUAUGUAUGAGUAGCAUGGAUAGUACACCAUCUACUGGUACAUAUCAAGGCAUGGGAUCGCAUUUAUAUAAAAGCGCAUCCAGUAGCUAUUCAACGAAAGUUUCCCCAGAAAGCAUAGAAGUAUUACCUUACACUGAUGAUGAGAGAGAUGAAGCGAAUUUAGCAGAAGAUUCUUACACUUCUGCAUCAGAAAGUACAAUUGUAACAAUGUUAGAAACAUUUCAGCAGAAAGAACAAGCACAUAAAACAGAAAAUCUUAGUACAAGUGAAAGCAUGCAGGAUUCAUAUUCAGAUGAAAAGUUAACGUCGAAAAAAGUUAGUACAGAUACAAGACUAAAUUUGAGUCUAGAUUCUUCAAGCGAAAAGCAUAAUUUACAUCUGCCAAUUGAAGCAAUUACAACACAACCAAUUCGUAAGCCUGAAUAUUUUGAUGGAACAGAUCAAAAAACUAAACCCGACCGAAAAAGUUACGAUCGAUUAAUGAAUUCCACUAUAGAACCGACAGAAACGGAACGUUAUUCUGCCAGUGAAAUUAUCCAUUCAUUUAAAUCAGAAAUGCUCGAAGUUUCAGAUCAACAUUUAAUUUCAACAGAUUCAAGUUGUGAAGGAACAUUGAUAGAGAGUUCAGAAGAAAAUCCGCAGUAUAAAUCGGAGGAAAGAAUUUUACAAGCUCCCUUGAAUUCUAGUUCCUAUGUAAAGACAAUGUUAGAAGAUGCAAUGAUCGAAAAAGGUGGUGAAAUCAUCGAAGCAGAAGUACAAGGUGUGGAAAUACCUCGAGAAAAUUCGCCUAUUUCAUCAGAAAGUCGGUCCGAUCUGAUUAAAAUUGGUUCUGAUCAAACCAGUGGUCACACUAGUGGGGAUGAAUUAGAAACCACCACUUCCAGCGAUAUCGAAGUUAUAUCCAGUCCAAAUGGUGAUUCGAGUUCUACACAAUCACGACAAAAAUUGCAAUCAACAAAGGGCUGUGAUCUCUUAAUGAGAACAUUAAAAACUAAAGGACAUUCCAGGGAGUUGAGUGAAAUCAGCGUAGGAUCUGAUGAAAUGAAUGUUGAAAUAGAAAAAUUAUUAAAACGUAUACAAGAGAUGACGGAAAUAUUAGAAGCCAGAGAAUCGAAACUCAUUGACGUUAGUAGAAUGAAUAUGGAAUUACACGAACAAAAUAACAACUUGAAGAAGCAACUUGAUAAUUUUGAGAAACACGCAGAACAAAGCCAAAACUUAAAUCAAAUCACUGAUGAAUAUACACAACGAUUAUCUGCCUUAGAAAGAAAAUUUCAGCAAGCGAUACGGGAACGAGAUUCACUAAGAAAGAAUUUGGAACAGUUAAAAGUAGAAGCUGCUACGCGUCUGUCAUCUCAAGAGCUAUCUACUUUAAAUGCGGAAAAAGAUGAAAUUAUUAAGGAACUACGAGAGGAAGGUGAAAAAUUGAGCAAACAACAACUUCAACAUAGUAACAUUAUCAAAAAAUUGCGAGUUAAGGAAAAAGAGAAUGAUGCUUUAAUAAAAAGUCAAAAGGAGCAAAUAGAAGAACAAACUUCAGAAUUAGAACGUUUAAAAAGAUCGUUACGUGCAAAAGAAGAAGUUGAACUAUCUCAGAUAGAUGCUGUUUAUUCAUUAACAGCACGAACAAAAACACUAGAAAAGGAAGUUACAACGUUACAAAAACAAUUAGAAAAUGCGAUGCAAAAUACCGAAACUUAUAAAAAAAAUUUGGAAAUAACAAAAAUGGAGUUAUCUGAAACAAAGAAAAUUUUGACUGCAACAGAAGCAGAAUUAAAAGAAGCAACAACUAACGCUGGAGAAUCAUGUCAAUUACUUGUGCAAGUAGAGGAAUUAAAAAUCAAAUUAAGAGAAUCUGAAGAAAUGCAUGUGAAAAAGGAAGAAUUUUUAAAGCACGAAAAUAGUGAAUUACUAAAACGCUUAGAAGCCGCUGAAGCUAGAAGCGAAGAACUUUCAGAAUCUGUAUCAACAGCUACAAAACCUUUACUGCGACAACUGGAACAACUUCAAGCAAAUUUAUUACACAAAACUAAUAGUUUCAUGAAACAAGAAAAGGCAUUAUCAGACAAGAAUAUCGAGUUGCAGACAAAAAUAGAAAAUUUACUUGAGACGGAUCGUUAUCUUAAGGAAGAGAAUAUUAAUUUAAAAUCUAAAAUAUCUCAAUUAGAAACUAAGCUUACUGCCAAAGAAAAUGAAAGAACGCGGUUACAAGAAUUAUACGAUGAAUUGGUAAUACAAAAGGAAAAGCUCACUGAACAAAAUGUGAGGCAACGACAAACGAUAGAAACACUUGACCAAUCUCAUACUUCAGAAAUAAUGGAGUUAAAAAGAGAAAUUAUUGCAUUAGAAAAUAAAUUAUCUGUAGAAAAAGCAGCUACGGAUGCAGAAAGGAGAAAAAAUCAUGCAAUGUCAGAACAACAAAAUAUUGAAGACAACGAACGGCUUAGUCCUACCCCUAGCACAGAACAAGAUUCCGUGAACACAGAAAUAGACAGUAUUUGGACGUUAUGUAAUCCCAUUACCGAAAACAAAUCUGAAAGCUAUACAGUAGCAUUUGAUACUAUCAGAGCAGGAUCUAGCAGUACUUCUAUAUUUGAGAAUUUACAAGCUCAAUUGAAGCAAAAAGAUGGUGAAAUACAACAACUUCAGUGGGAAUUAUCGAGGCGUAACAUAGAAAGAGACGUGCUAAAUUCAGAAUUAUCAACAUUAACUUUAAAGAUCGAAGAAUUAAAUGUUAAGGUUAUGAAUGUUGCAGUUUUAAACGAAAGUUUACAAGAAAUACAAACUAGAUAUGACGCGUUAUUACAAAUGUACGGUGAAAAAAUGGAAGAGAAUCAGGAACUGCGUUUGGACCUACAAGAUGUCAAAGAAAUGUACAAAACACAAAUUGAUCAACUUUUAAAGCGAGAUACUUGAAAUGUUUUAUAGAUAAAAUUUCUUUAUUGAUUGAGCCAACAUAAUAGAUGUAAAACCAUAAAAGAGUUAACAAUUUAUGACAAUUUAGAUUCGGUAAUAAUUUUGUCAACGAUACUAUGUCAUGUUAUCGCAACGAAGUUGCUGAUAUCAUUUAAAAAAGAUAAUGUAUAGAAAGAGACUGAUGUCAAAUUACAUCUUAAUAUAACUUAGUGAUUUAAGUUUCAAAUUUAAUGAAAUAAUAUGAAAUUUCGUUUAUACAUGUUCAGGGAAUGCUUAUGUGAAAAUCGAAAUUUUUGCUUUGAUAAAUUUUACAGAUGAUUCAUGUCCUAGACUUUCGAUAAAUAGUAAUCACGUUAAUAUUUGAAUAUAAAUUCCAAUAUAUGCAAUGUAAAAUUUGGGUGGUUCUUUGAUUAGUCGUAGGAAUUAAUCAUGUACACUGUAUACAAAUAGAGUAAGAAAAACAACGUGAUAUAUAAUGUAAUAUAACUUUAACAUUUUCGAUAUUGUAUUAUAGAAUUCAAAUUAUGAUAUAAUUUAUUAAAAAAAGAUUUAUUGUUCCUUUA